AUGAGAUCCCUCGCUUCGAGGUUCGCGCGCCAGGAGUCUGUCCACGAUUACGUCGGCGUUUUGGUUCCGUUAGAAGAGGCGCAUUUGCACAGUCAUUCCGCCAGAUCCGGCCGGACCGAGUUCGAGGAGGCCCAAGCUAGCCCCGAUGAUGUCGGUAUUGACGAGCCCGAGUCUGAGGCGGCCAAGGACGGCGAGAAUGAGGGGACUGGCAUGCUCCAGAUGAGCGCUGCCGAGUAUUCCAUUGAGGGUUUGAGGAGGGACGUGCGCAAGGGUGAACGAGGCCAGCGGUGGUCCGAGUACGAGUUGAAGUCGAAACUCAUAAACAAGGCGAUACAAGAUAUCGGCAUGGGUCGGUACCAAUGGCAGAUGUUUGUCUUGUGCGGAUUUGGGUGGUUUGCGGAUAAUCUCUGGAUGCAAGGCGUUUCUCUAACACUUCCAUCACUCUCGCAAGAAUUCGAUGUCUCAGAGAAGCACGUCAGGUAUACCACGAGUGCUCUGUACGUCGGACUGUCCACCGGCAGUGUCAUUUGGGGGAUCGGAUCGGACAUAUACGGAAGACGAGUAGCUUUCAACGCGACGUUACUACUCGCCGGCAUCUUCGGCAUUUUGGCAGCAUAUGCCUCGAGUUGGACGGCUGUGUGCAUUUUGUUUGCUCUGAUGGGAACUGGCGUUGGCGGGAACUUGCCAGUAGAACCAGACACCUCAAGCUCGUUGCUGACGCUCCUCUCUGUAUGGUGGUCACUUGGGACACUGGGCUCAUCGCUCUGUGCAUGGUACUUCAUAACGAACUGGCCGGUGGAUGAGGGCUGGCAUCUAUUCGUGUCCUCCAUCGGUAUAGUGACAUUGGUCCUGUUCAUCUGCCGUUUCUUCCUCUUCCACCUGUUCGAGUCGCCGAAGUUCCUCUUGUCACAGGGCCGGCAAGCAGAAGCCGUGGCAGUCGUCCAUGGCAUUGCCUACCGAAACAAGACGAUGACCUGGCUUACGGAGGAGAUCAUGGAUGCCGUCGUCGACAGCGAGGGUACGGAACGGCUACCAGUACGAGUGACCGCCGGUAACGUGAUUAAGCAGAGCCUCACCUCGUUCUCAGUCGGCCACCUACGACCCCUAUUCAAGACCCGCAAGCUCGGCAUCACGACGCUGCUCAUCUGGUUCUGCUGGGCCACCAUCGGCAUGGGGUACCCGCUCUUCAACGCCUUCCUCCCGCAAUACCUAUCCCACGGCGGAUCAGAGGUGCCAACCGUCCCCGAUGACGGCGCCCCGGUGUCCGCCACGCCCGCGGAUACAUACCGCAACUACGCCAUCAUCUCCAUGGUCGGCGUGCCCGGCAGCCUGCUCGCCGCGUACACGGUCGACCACAAGUCGCCCUUCCUGGGCCGCAGGGGCACGCUCGCCAUCUCGACCCUCGUGUCGGCCGUCUUCCUCUUCCUCUUCGUCGCCUUCGGCACCACGCCCGGCUCGCAGCUCUUCUUCACCUGCGUCGAGGCCUUCUUCCAGAACAUCAUGUACGGCGUCCUGUACGCCUUCACGCCCGAGAUCUUCCCCGCGCCCGUCCGCGGCGCCGGCACGGGCGUGGCCAGCUUCCUGAACCGCGUCAUGGGCCUCGUGGCGCCCAUCCUGGCUGCUAAUUUUCCGGGGAACGGGACGGAGGGGCCCAUAUACCUGUCGGCGAUCCUGAUUUUGGCGGCCUUUGUGGGGAUGGUGUUGAUCCCUAUCGAGACUCGGGGGAGGCAGAGGCUUUGA